CGCCAGCGAGGAAGAAGCGUCGUGAAAAAAGCCGCAAAAUAUAUACAGACUGAAAUAAUUUUGCGAAGAUAUCGAACAAUUAACGAAUAAAGCAAUUGCAAGGCCCCAAUAUGAGUGGCGGCACCAUGUUAUACGGCGGCGACGAGAUCGGUGCCCUGGUCUUCGAUCCCGGACACCACUCUCUGCGAGUGGGCUACGCGCAGGAGGAUUCGCCCAAGGCGGAGAUUCCUUCGGUUGUGGGGAUUGGAGCGGCUCCGGAGACCAAUCUAGAUCCUGAGACCAAAACAGACAACAAUGCCACGCCAAAUAAUGCUGACCAGCGCAAGUUCUAUGUAGACACCAACUACGUGAAUGUGCCACGAUCCCAGAUGGAAGUGCAGACGUACAUGAAAGAUGGCAUGAUCGACAACUGGGACCUGUUUGAGAAGGUGAUCGACUACGCCUACGCCAAUGUCAUCCAGUCGGAGCCGGAAUACCACCCCGUGCUUUUUUCCGAGGCCUCGUGGAAUGUGCGCAACAACCGCGAAAAGCUAACCGAGCUAAUGUUCGAGAAGUACAAUGUCCCGGCCUUCUUCCUUGUGAAAAACGCUGUCCUGGCCGCCUUCUCCAGCGGGCGGGCCACCGCAUUGGUCGUGGACAGCGGAGCCACCCACACCUCUGCCGUGCCCGUUCACGAGGGCUAUGUCCUGUCGCAGGCGGUGGUCAAGUCCCCGCUGGGGGGCGACUUCCUGUCCCGGCAGUGCCGCCAGCAUCUGGAGAAGCACGGCAUCGACCUGUCGCCGGUGUACAAGAUCGCCUCCAAGGAUGUGGUCAAGGAGCGCGACAACGGACGCUUUACGCUACGCAAGCUGCCCGAGAACCUCACACCGUCGUGGCAGAACUACAUGCUGCAGCUGAUGAUGCAGGACUUCCAGAUGAACGUGCUGCAGGUCCUGGAGAAUCCCUUCGACGAACGUGUGGCUGCCCAGAUCCCGACGGUGCACUAUGAGUUCCCCAAUGGUUAUCACCAGGACUUCGGUUCUGAGCGUUUCAAGAUAGCCGAGAGUCUGUUCGACAAUGCCAUGCUAGGUGCUGGCCAACUGGCGUCCACUAGCGUGGGCAUGUGCGAUGCGGAUGUGCGACUUUCGCUCUUUGGCUCAGUUGUGGUCACUGGUGGCAAUACUCUUCUCCAAGGCUUCCCAGAGAGACUAAAUCGCGAUCUGCAGUUGCGCGCUCCCUCCAACACGCGCCUGAAAAUGAUUUCCGCCAACGGCAGUGUAGAACGCAGAUUUGGAGCCUGGAUCGGCGGCUCCAUCUUGGCCAGCAUAGGCACCUUCCAGCAGAUGUGGAUAUCUUCCCAGGAGUACGAGGAGGCCGGCAAAAGCCAAGUGGAGCGCAAGUGUCCGUAAAGACAGCGUAAUUGAAUUCCAAUUUUAAUUUUAAAGACGCAAAUCUAUGUAAUUAAUAUAAAUGUGAACUUUUAAAUGUCCCAA